AUGGACAAUAUUACCACUGUCGACAGGCUGGACAAGCCAAGUUCCUACUUUUCCAGCAGGAAGAAGCACCACAAGAACAACAAUGGACGGUACUCCAACGACGACAGAGAUGACAAACCUCCAAAGGAAGAAGAUGAUCCUCUGAAAGAUGCGACAACACUCUAUGUCGGCAACCUUUCUUUCUAUACCACGGAAGAGCAAAUCCAUGAGCUGUUCUCAAAAUGCGGCGAAAUCAAACGACUGGUCAUGGGUCUAGACCGCUUUCAGAAAACCCCUUGUGGCUUCUGCUUUGUGGAAUACUACACCCACCAAGAAGCCUUGGAUUGCAUGAAAUACAUCGGUGGUACAAAACUCGACGAGCGUGUCAUCAGAACCGAUCUUGACUCGGGCUUUGUCGAAGGGCGUCAAUAUGGUCGGGGAAAAUCCGGAGGUCAAGUCAGAGAUGAAUACCGAGACGAGUUCGAUCCCGGUAGAGGGGGUUACGGACGUGCCAUUGACAUCGAGAGGCGGAAGGAAGAAGAAGAAUAUGGUUCUGGUCGAUAA